AUGGCUGCCGAAGGAGAAGCUGCACCAGCUCCAAUUGUUUUCAAUCUUGAUUCAUGGAAAAGAACUUAUUCAAAUGAAGAAGUUUCUGUUUCUAUUCCAUGGUUCUUUGAUAACUUUGAUGCCAAGGAAUAUUGUGUCUAUUUCUCCAAAUAUAAGUUUGAACUUAAUCAACCAAUGCAAUUUAUGGUUAGCAAUCUUGUUGGAGGUAUGUUCCAAAGACUUGAAAGAUUUAAUAAAAUUGCUUUUGGUUCAGUUCUCAUUUUCGGUAAUGAAAAACCAUUCCAAAUUGAAGGAGUUUGGGUUUUCAAAGGAACUGAAAUGCCAAAGGAAUUAAAUGAUUGUGAUGAUGUUGAACUUUAUGAUUGGAAGAAACUUGAUCUUGUUGCUGAUAAAGCUCUUAUUACUGAAUAUCUUGCAUGGGAAGGAGAUUUUGGAGGAAGAAAAGAUUUCGAUGGUAAAGUUUUCAAGUAA